GAGCCGCAGCCCGCGUCCCCGAGCCCCCCCGGCCGGCCCCGGCCCCGGCCCCCCAGCUCGCGCUCGCGCCCCCUGGGCGGCUGGGUGGCAAGGGACCGAGCACCAGGCGGCGGGCGGCCGCGGGGCAUGAGGCGGGGGCGCGAUGUCGGUGCCGCUGCUCAAGAUCGGGGCCGUGCUGAGCACCAUGGCCAUGGUCACCAACUGGAUGUCGCAGACGCUGCCCUCGCUCGUGGGGCUCAACGGCACCGUGUCCCGCGCGGGCGCCUCCGAGAAAAUCACCCUCUUCCAAAGCCCAGAGGAAGGCUGGCAGCUGUACACCUCGGCCCAGGCUCCCGACGGAAAAUGCAUCUGCACGGCCGUGAUCCCCGCGCAGAGCACCUGCUCCCGCGAUGGCCGGAGCCGGGAGCUGCGGCAGAUGAUGGAGAAGGUUCAGAACGUCUCCCAGUCCAUGGAGGUCCUUGAGUUGCGGACGUACCGUGACCUCCAGUACGUGCGAAGCAUGGAGACCCUCAUGCGGAGCCUGGAUGCGAGGCUCCGGGCGGCCGACGGGUCCCUUUCGGCCAAGAGCUUUCAGGAGAUGAAGGACAGGAUGACGGAGCUGUUGCCCCUGAGCUCGGUCCUGGAGCAGUACAAGGCGGACAUGAGGACCAUUGUGCGCCUGCGGGAGGAGGUGAGGAAUCUCUCCGGCAGCCUUGCAGCCAUCCAGGAGGAGAUGGGCGCCUACGGCUACGGGGACCUGCAGCAGCGGGUGAUGGCACUGGAGGCCCGGCUCCACGCCUGUGCCCAGAAGCUGGGCUGUGGGAAGCUGACGGGGGUCAGUAACCCCAUCACCAUUCGGGCCAUGGGGUCCCGCUUCGGCUCCUGGAUGACUGACACGAUGGCCCCCAGUGCGGAUAGCCGGGUCUGGUACAUGGAUGGCUAUUACAAGGGCCGGCGGGUCCUGGAGUUCCGUACUCUGGGAGACUUCAUCAAAGGCCAGAACUUUAUCCAGCACCUACUGCCCCAGCCGUGGGCAGGCACGGGCCACGUGGUGUACAAUGGCUCCCUGUUCUACAACAAGUACCAGAGCAACGUGGUGGUCAAGUACCACUUCCGCUCGCGUUCCGUGCUGGUGCAGAGGAGCCUCCCUGGGGCCGGCUACAAUAACACCUUCCCCUACUCCUGGGGUGGCUUCUCGGACAUGGACUUCAUGGUGGACGAGAGUGGGCUCUGGGCCGUGUACACCACCAACCAGAAUGCAGGCAACAUCGUGGUCAGCCGGCUGGACCCGCACACCCUCGAGGUCGUGCGGUCCUGGGACACCGGCUACCCCAAGCGCAGCGCCGGCGAGGCCUUCAUGAUCUGUGGCGUGCUCUACGUGACCAACUCCCACCUGGCCGGGGCCAAGGUCUACUUCGCCUACUUCACCAACACGUCCAGCUACGAGUACACAGACGUGCCCUUCCACAACCAGUACUCCCACAUCUCCAUGCUGGAUUACAACCCCCGCGAGCGGGCCCUCUACACCUGGAACAAUGGCCACCAGGUGCUCUACAAUGUCACCCUCUUCCACGUCAUCAGCACCGCUGGGGGCCCCUAGGGGCUGCCGUCGUCGCUCACGCAGCCACGUGAGGGCCACGGGAGCCCUUUCUACUCCGCCUGUGUCCUUCCAAAUUUAUCUUUCUGUCUGUGUCCUGCCCUCUCUCUCUCUCUCCCUCUCCCCUCCUGUACUGUUUUUUCUCCUUCCACCUUUGCGCCCAGCUUUCAUUCUCUGCUUCUGUUGUCAGUGCGUUUUCUCAGUAUUGUCUCUUCUUUAUUGAUCUCUGAUUUUGAUACUUCGCUUUCUGUUUAUUGAGGCCUCUCUAUCUUUUAUUCGAUGUGACUCUCCAGCUAUCUCUGCCUGUCUCUCUCCCUCCCUCCCUUCCCUCUUUGCGUCCCACUCAGUCCUCCUCCUCCUGGCUUCACGUCCCCUCCUCCCGACCCAAGGAGUUGAGUGCAUGGAUGUUUAUUUUAUUUACACCUUUUCUUUCCGGGUUGCUGGAAUAAACGGGACCUUUGACAUUUCA